UACUCUUCUGGGGCACCGCCCAUCCAGGCUUUAUUGCUUUCUGGACACCUUUGGGGACCGUCUGCAGUCCUUUAAAAGAGCAGCCUGUAGCGGACCAGUCUCUGUCCUGGAGAUAAGUGCGCUCACAUUCUAGUGCAGCUCGUGCAGCUCCUGGUAGCUCCGGCUCGAACCUUUUCGCACUCAUGUCUGGGGAGCAGGCACCGAUGUGUGAGGUGGACCUAGGUGGGGGCAAGGUGAAGGAGACCAACACGGUUGGCAGAUGCCGUGUGUCCUCUUAUGAGCGAUACAUACAGCCGUGUAUGGCAGAACUUUUGGGCUCUGCCCUCUUCAUCUUCAUCGGGUGUCUAUCGGUCAUUGAGAACAGUCCAAACACCGGGGUUCUGCAGCCAGCCCUGGCUCAUGGGCUGGCCUUGGGUCUCAUCAUCGCUAUCUUGGGAAACAUCAGCGGUGGACACUUCAACCCUGCUGUGUCACUGGCAGUUACGCUCAUUGGAGGUCUCAACAUCAUGCUACUUAUUCCCUAUUGGAUCUCCCAGCUGUUUGGGGGACUGAUUGGGGCUGCCCUGGCUAAGGCAGUGAGUCCGGAGGAGAGGUUCUGGAACGCAUCCGGGGCGGCCUUUGCAACAGUCCAGGAGGAGGGGCAGGUGGCAGUAGCCCUGGGGGCAGAGAUCAUUCUGACAAUGCUGCUGACACUGGCCGUGUGCAUGGGCGCCGUCAAUGAGAAGACAAAGGGCCCUCUGGCGCCAUUCUCCAUCGGCUUCUCUGUCGUUGUGGAUAUACUGGCAGGGGGUGCAAUCUCUGGAGCCUGCAUGAACCCUGCUCGUGCCUUUGGACCUGCUGUGAUGGCUGGCUACUGGGACUUCCAUUGGAUCUACUGGUUGGGUCCCCUCCUGGCUGGCCUCCUUGUAGGACUGCUCAUUAGGCUCUUCAUUGGAGAUGAGAAAACCCGCCUAAUCCUCAAGGCUAGGUGAAGAAGUGCUGCUGGGCAUCCUCACUGCCUGGAGUCCUCAGCUGCCUGUCCUGAGCUGAGGACAGGACUACUGGAUCACUUCCUGCAGGACUGAGCUCAGAAGAGCCACUGUGGCAGCAGCUGACCUUGGCCUGGCUUCUCAGGCAGACCAGAUGGAUGCUGCUAUGUCCUGAGCAAGUUCCCAUAACCUGGACUUCCUUUGUGUUCAUGGACUGCGCCUGGGGAAUGUGUGGCCAGCAAUGUCUAAAGAUAGCUGGAGACCACACAGACAAAGAGCUUUUCAUGAGAGUGCGUGUCACAGGAGAGAUGAGCAGGUGGAGAAUGUGGCUGGCUGCUGAAGCUCAUUUCCCCAGCCUGCUUUCUUUCUUUUUUUCAUGUGUUGGGAUUGGAGUCCAAGGUCUCAUGCAUACCAGGGGAGCACUUUGCUACCGAGACUCCUGCUCUCCCCGCCCUCUUUCCUCUUGACUCCACUGUUACAGAAGGGAUUUCAGGAGCCCAAUGACCUCUUCACUUCUCCAGCUGCCAAUCUGAUGCUGUAAUAAAUGUCUCAGUGUUUCCUUACA